AUGGUACUCCCAUCCUCCCAGACUGUCGCCUGGAUCGACUCCCCCGGCCCCUCAGGCACCCUCGCCAUCCGCUCCGGCGUCGACAUCCAGCAACCCGGCCCGAACGAGCUCCUCGUGAAGCUCGAAUGCUCCGGCAUCUGCCACUCCGACUGCCGCAAUGUCGAGGGCAUGGGCAAGUACACCGAGAUCCCCGGCCACGAGGGCGUGGGCGAGGUCGUCCAGCUGGGCCCGGGAGCUGCAGAGGAGCUGCUUGGCAAGCGCGUGGGCAUCAAGUGGCUGUACAGCGCGUGCAAGCAGUGCGCGGCGUGCAAGAAGGGCCAGAGCAAUAAUUGCCCCAAGCAGCUGAACACGGGACGCAGCACGUGGGGGACGCUGCAGCAGUACGUUGUUGCGCACGCGGACUUUGUGUCGCUGAUUCCGGAGGGGGUUAAGAGCGAGGUUGCGGCGCCGCUGCUGUGCGCUGGACUGAGUCUCGCGGGAGCUAUCUCGAAGGUUGCUCCAGAAGUGCAGCCGGGCGAGUUUGUGGCUAUCGUGGGUGCGGGAGGCGGACUGGGGCACAUCGGCGUGCAGCUUGCGACUAUCAAAGGCUACAAGGUCAUUGCCAUCGAUAGCGGCGCGGAGAAAGAGAAGCUGUGCAAGGAGACGGGCGCCGUGGCCUUCAUCGACUACGCGAAGGAGGACGUGCUGCAGGCUGUCAGAGACUUGACGGACGGCGAAGGCGCCCACGGUCUCAUCUGCGUCGCCGGCAGCGAAAGAGCGUAUCAGCAGGCGCCGGAGCUGGUACGGAACAACGGAGUGUUUGUCUGCGUCGGCCUGCCUCCAGACGACUUCAUGUUCCCCAUGUCGCCCAUCCAAAUUGCGAAUCGCGGCCUCGUCAUCAAAGGCUCGUCGACCGGCACGUCCGAGCAGAUGGACGAGUUACUGCAGCUCGCUCUACAGGGGAAGAUCAUGCCGAAGAUUGAAGUAUACGACUUCGCAGACUCGCCAAAGAUCAUCCAGGAGCUCCAGAGAUACGAGGUGACGGGCCGAAAGGUUGUCCGGGCGCCGUCAUAG